UUGCUAUAACGUCAAAAGAAAAUUUCUAAUAUAAGACUUCUGAAGGCUAAACUCAUGAAAUAAAUGAUUUUAAUGAAUAUUUUUAUGAACGAAUUCACACAGUAAAAUUAGAAGGGAGCACUGCGGAUACUAUAUUUUGGGUAAACUUAUAUAUGGGUACUCCUCCUUAACGCUAAGCGGCCAUAAUUGAUACAGGAAGUAAUUUAUUAGCUUUUCCAUGUUCUGAUUGUAAAAAAAAUGAUUGUGGUCAACAUUUAAAUUCUCCUUUUGAACUAAAUAAUUCUUACACAUCUAAAUAGAUAUCUUGUUCAGCCAAAUUUGGAGAUUUUACAUGUCCAUAAUAUAAAUGUUUUGAUGACGUUUGUUCUUGGUCAGUAUCAUAUGCGGAAGGUUCUACUAUAGGGGGUUUUUUAGCUACUGAUAAUGUUAUUUUAGGUGACGAGAUGAAUGAAUAUAUUUAAAAGCAAAAAAAUAAUACACUAACUUUUUAAGAAGAAGAAUAGUAUAUUCAAUAUAUACACCAUGAAGGAGUUUAAAUUAUAUUUGGAUGUACCACUAGAGAAACUAGGCUUUUUAAAAGUCAGGUUCCAGAUGGAAUUGUUGGUUUAUCGCCAGGAACUAAAAAAGGUGUUCCAAAUAUAAUAGAUUAAAUUUUUUAACAACAUAAAUUAAAUGGAGAAAAACUAGCUUUUUCAAUUUGCUUACAUUGGUAAAAAGGUGGAUAUAUGAGUAUUGGAGGAUAUAAUUAUGAAUUACAUUUACCUGAUGAAAAAAUUUAAGUAUUAAAAUAUCCAAAAAAUGCAGAAUAUUAUAAUGUCAAAAUUGAAUCUGUUUAUAUUAAUAAUAAAAAAAUACCGUGUAAUUUAAAUUAUGAAACUUUAAUUGAUUCUGGAACUACUAUUGUAUUAGGUCCUAAUAAUUUUAUUCUGCCUAUUAUUUAAUCAAUAAAUUAAUUAUGUUUAACUCAAUACAAUUGUGGUGGAAAAGAUAAAACAGAUAAUUAAUAAACUAGAUUUUAAUAUGAUAGCUAUAAAUUCAAAACAUUAUAAAAUUUUUUCAACAGUUUUCCUAUGAUAUAAAUUAAAUUAAAUGAUAAUGUUAAAAUCGAAUGGACUGCAGAUGCCUAUUUAUAUGAAGUUAAAAAUAAUUAAUAUGAAUUCGCAUUUGAUUCAUACAAUAGUGGAAAAAUUUAUCUUUCAGGACCUUUUAUGAAAAAUUAUGAUGUUCUUUUUGAUAGAUAAAAUCAUGAAAUUCAUUUCACGAAAUCUAAAUGUAUUAAUGAAGGUAUUAGUUCAAUUCAUAUGAAUUAAAAUAGUCACAAGGUUAAAAAACUAUUAAAGAUGGUGUUUUUAUUAAAAAUUAUUAAUAAUAAUAAUUACAAUAAUAAUGGUAAUAAUGGUAAUAAUGGUAAUAAUGGUAAUAAUGGUAAUAAUGGUAAUAAUGGUAAUAAUGGUAAUAAUGGUAAUAAUGGUAAUAAUGGUAAUAAUGAUAAUAAUGGUAAUAAUGGUAAUAACAAAAAUAAUGGUAAUAAUAAUAAUACUGGUAAUAAUGCUAAUAAUGCUAAUAAUGGUAAUAAUGGUAAUAAUGGUAAUAAUGGUAAUAAUGGUAAUAAUGGUAAUAAUGGUAAUAAUGGUAAUAAUGCUAAUAAUGCUAACAAUGCUAAUAAUGCUAAUAAUGCUAAUAAUAGUAAUAAUGGUAAUAAUGGUAAUAAUGGUAAUAAUAGUAAUAAUGGUAAUAAUGGUAAUAAUAAUAAGACUGAAAACGAAAAAUAUAAAUAAAAAGAAAAUUAAAUUGAUAAUUAAAGGAAAAAUUAAGAAUUUUUCAUUAUUAUUAUUAUUAUUAUUUCAAGUUUCUUUUUAUUAUGUUUGAUUUAUAUUGUUAUCAGAAAUUAUAAAAAAAAGAAACAAUACGUAAUUAUUAAUAAUAGCGUUUAAUAAUAAUAAUAAUAAUAAGAAUAAUAAAAAGAUUAUGAAUUUGCCUAAUAUUAUUAAGAUAAAGACGAGAGCUUAAGAAGCGAAGAGAAUAUAAAAGAUGGUUAUAUUAACAAUCCUGUUUAUGAUGAUAUCGAAGAAUCGGCCAUAGAAAAUAAAUACCUUAAAAACAUAAACUAAAAUUAUAUUAAAUUGGAGAGAGAAUAGGCAUUAAACGACUGAUGUUUUAUUUAUAAAUAUGAAAUAUCUAAUUCUUAA